UAGAGAGAGAGAGAGAGGAGAGAGAGAGAGAUUGAAGAAACAGAUUUAAGAACACGCAACAGUGGAUACCACCUGCCAUACCCUUUUUUCCACACUAAACCAAAUCAGCCCAGAAAAAUCGGAUUUUUAUUAUAUUACUUCUAACCGUUUGAAUUCGAUCAUCCCAAGAAGAAGAAAAAAAAAAUAAAAAAAAAAUCGAAAAUCUUACAGAAAAUCAGCUGAAGAAGAAGAAGAAGAAGAGAGAGAAAGGGGUUUGCCACAAGCCGCGUAAUCGAAGUGACCCUUAAUUUUUUUUUUCAGGCGUCUGGUGUCUCUACGAAGAUGCCAGAUUCAACUGAGGAGGAGUUAGAGAAAAAGCUCGAUAAUAAUAAUAAUAAUAAUAAUAAUAAUAGCGAGUACGUGCGGUUGGUUAUACCAAAUGAACUAAGAGCACACGAAGUCGAUACCGAAUCAGAAUCACAAUCAAGAAAGAACCCUCUCGUAUGGUGGAUCAAGGCUGCAGUAUGGUGCUCGAUAACCGUACUUCUACUUCUUAUAUUCGCUAAAUGGGGAGUCCCGUUUCUCGUCGAGAAGGUUCUUUUCCCACUCUUGCAAUGGGAAGCCACUGCGUUUGGCCGUCCAGUACUCGCGCUCGUACUUGUUGCUUCUUUAGCUUUGUUCCCGGUGUUUCUAGUACCUUCCGGGCCUUCCAUGUGGCUAGCUGGCAUGAUUUUCGGAUACGGUUUAGGGUUUGUCAUUAUUAUGGUCGGAACAACUAUUGGAAUGAUUCUUCCGUACUUAAUCGGUUUACUCUUUCGAGACAGAAUCCAUCAAUGGUUGAAGAGGUGGCCGAAAAAAGCUGCUAUGAUAAGGUUGGCGGGAGAAGGGAGUUGGUUCCAUCAGUUUAAAGUGGUUGCUCUGUUUAGGGUUUCGCCGUUUCCGUACACGAUAUUCAAUUACGCAGUUGUCGUGACGAAUAUGCGAUUCUGGCCGUAUUUGUGUGGGUCGGUUGCAGGAAUGAUACCCGAAGCAUUCAUUUACAUUUACAGUGGUCGGCUAAUAAGGACAUUAGCAGACGUGCAAUAUCGGAACCACCAUCUAACUCCAGUCGAGAUAAUCUACAACGUGAUUUCAUUCGUUGUUGCAAUUAUCACCACCAUUGCCUUCACCAUUUAUGCCAAGAGAACUUUGAAACAUCUCGAAACUACAGAGGCUAAUGGCGAAUGCUCUCCCGCCAUCGACAAUAAUCGCGGUUUCGAACUGGGAAAGCUUCCACUUGAAAAGUACAAAAAUAUCCCUGUAUUUUGACUCGACUAUAGGUCCAUUAGCUUAUCAUUUAGAUCUUUUACUGUAUAUGAAACAUUGAAAAAUGAAUGAAUUUCGAGGGUUUUCGAUUUUUUAUUCUUUUUAAUCAAGGUAGUGAGACGAGAAAUAUAGGUGGUGACGAACAUAUGCACUGUUAUUACAACGAAAGGUGAUAUGUGAAUUUCAAUUUUUUUUGUCCAUA